UUCUCCAUUGCCUCUAGCUGAUUGGGCGCGCGUGGUGACGUCAUCGUCCCGCCCCGUUGACUCUGCAGAUGUGGCGGCCGGGGCUGCACAUGUCACCGGGCAGUGUAUAGAGGAGAUGCUCGGGCUGCUGCUGGCCGCGUUAUCGCUUCUACCGCACACGGCAUGGGCCAAAACUGUGCACGGCAGCUUUGACAGCGCUCUGGCGUGGCACAGCCGGGGGCAGAACAUCUUCACCUUCCUGUUUCAUGGCGAGCAGGCCGUCCUACGUGUCCGCAUCAGCAAUGUUGCAGCAGCGGUUGGGAAAGACGCCGCCCUGUAUCUGUACCAGGAUGAAGAAUGGAUGAAGAUGCACGGGAGCAUGGAGGAGUACAGCUGUCCUGAAAGACUGUCCCUUGCACAAGCAUCAAUUCCUUUGAACCAAACUGAAUAUAACUACACUCUGCCACAGAUCAUUUCUCCUGUUGCAUGGUAUGCCAUAUAUGUGGACAAAUACACCUGUCUCAUGAGCUACGAGGACCCCAGGACAGAUGAGAUCACGUUUCAGGUCACCUUGUUGAAUCCUGAUGCAGCAGGGAAUCCUUUUGAUCAUUUUGGGGCAGAUGAGUCUGGUUUACAUGAAUUUUUUUUCCUGCUGGUGCUUGUGUAUUUUGUUGCGGCUUGUAUAUACAUUCAGGCACUGUGGCAGACCAUUAAGAAAGGGGGGCCGAUGCAUACUGUCCUGAAAGUGCUGUCAAAUGCACUGUUGCUGCAAGUCGUCUCUGCCUUGGCAAACUAUCUACAUUUCUCCUGGUAUGCCAAAGAUGGCAAAGGUGCCCCUUUCAUUGGCAGUUUGGCAGAAUUAUGUGAUAUAGCCUCAGAGGUACAGAUGUUAUACUUGCUCCUUAGCCUGUGUGUGGGUUGGACUCUCAGCAGAAUGAAGAAAUCACAGUCGAGACCUCUUCAGUGGGAUUCUACACCCACUUCUACAGGAAUUGCUGUCAUUGCGGUCAUUGCUCAGGUCAUUUUACUUAUUUGGGAACAGUUUGACGACACCAAUCACCACAGUUUUCAUGCCCAUCAGAGCCUGGCUGGCAUACUCCUCAUUGUCAUGAAAGUUUGCCUAGCGGCCUCAUUGGCAUGUGGUCUAUACCAGAUUAUCACAGUUGAGAGAAGCACAAUGAAACGACAGUUCUACAUCACAUUCGCCAAAGGUUGUUUCUUGUGGUUCUUGUGCCACCCAUGUUUUGUUGCCAUCUCUUACCUGUUUAAAGAGUAUCAAAGAGAAAAGGUGAUCACUGUGGGAGUCAUCCUGUCUCAGUCGCUCUCCAUGAUUAUUCUGUAUAGACUCUUCUUGUCACAUAGUCUUUAUUGGGAGGUAUCUUCCCUUUCAUCAGUGACCCUUCCAUUAACUGUAUCACACAAAAGUCGGUAUUACUCUUGAUAUGACCUGGAUGCUAUAUUCGCUUACUGUAUGGUUAUUUGCUGUGCUCCACAUCUGCCGAACAGACACUGAGGAGUCAUCUAUCCUAUGGGAAGAAGUAUGAUUGGGGUCUGCAUCCUAGGUACAGGCCGGCCACUUCUUCCAGGCCCAAGCAUCUACAUUGAGAUGAUUCUGUAAAUACUUAAAGGGGUUUUCUGUGGACCUAAAAAAAGAAAAAGUACUCCACAUGGUCCACCUGGCUUGUUUCUGGCCCCAUUCACUACUCCUCGAUGCACCAUCCUCCUUUGCCCACUGCUUCAUUUUCUCUCUGCUUCUUCCUACUACACACCUUAUUAAAAGUACAUUUCCCAGCACUCCUUACUCCUUAGACCGCUAUGAUAGUGGAGUGGCUUGGUUUGACUUUGCUAGAAACAAGAAUUACAAGCUGAGGACGCUGAAAGCCAGGACAAAUUGUCACAUGAUCUCAGUCUCUCUUGGGAAUGUGUGGCGGGGUGUACUGGGGCGGGGAAGGGUACAGAGUGUACAGAGGAUGGCAGGUUUUUCUUCACUUCCUGCAUGUCACAGCAUAUUCCAACAGGAAAAAAUGCCCCAAUAGAGGUAAUAAGUGUACAUUACAAUGUAGGAUACCAGUUAUGAAUGGUCUUCGCUAUCUGAAGUACUCCUUUAAGAUCAAUGGUUGUGACUAGAGAUGAGCGAAUUUACAGUAAAUUCGAUUAGUCACGAACUUCUCGGCUCCGCAGUUGAUGACUUAUCCUGCAUGAAUUAGUUCAGCUUUCAGAUGCUCCCGUGGGCUGGAAAAGGUGGAUAC